AUGCCUCUCCAAUCAGGAAUGGAGAUUACACCCGCGCGUAAUCGAGCUCGUGUGGAAACGCUUCGGGCGCGCGGAGGUGGAUUUAUUUGCAUCACGAGAGAACACACAUUGCAGACUGUUCUUCUCCAUUCGAGACAGGGAUGCCCCACUGGGAACAGAUGCGCUAUCACACCCGUGGCCGAACACUCUCUUGUAUGCGUUCCCCCCAGUCCAUCUAAUCCCACAUGUACUAGCGAGGGUGAGAGAGGAAAGCCUCUCGCUGGUGCUGAUUGCUCCCUGGUGGACAAACAAGCCCUGGCUAGCGGAGAUCUUUCUCUUACUGGCCGGGCAGCCUUGGCGACUCCCCAACAGCAAAGACCUUCUGUCACAGAUGGGGGGGGAGUUAGUUCACCCGAACCCGUCAGCGUGGAACCUACACGCCUUCCACGUGAAAGGGACACAUUGAGUUCAAUAGGUCUGCCACCGAAUGUUAUUGCAACUAUUCAGAGUGCCAGAGCUCCAUCUACGAGAUCUGUGUACGAUAUGAAGUGGAGGGCGUUUGAGAGAUGGUGUGUUCAGAAGGGCGUUAUCCCCUUUCAGUGUUCUAUCACCCAUGUACUUACGUUCCUUCAGGAAUUAUUCGAGAAGGGACUGGCCUAUUCUACACUUAAGGUCUACCUGUCAGCGAUUUCAGCAUGCCAUGUAGGCUACGAUGGUGUAUCUCCGGGAGCGCACCCCCUGGCUAACAGAUUUCUGAAGGGCGCUCGACGCCUUCGACCUGCUGUGCGCUCGACCGUUCCCUCUUGGGACCUCUCCUUGGUGCUGAACGCGCUCUCCCAAGCCCCGUUCGAGCCCCUACAGACUGCAAGCAUUAAGGUCCUCUCGUACAAAACUGCCCUCUUGCUGGCCCUUGUCUCAGCUAAAAGGGUGAGCGAGAUCACUGCUCUCUCUAUACACCCCUCCUGUAUGGAAUUCAGUGCGGAUAAUAAUAAUGUCACGCUUCGGCCCAAUGUAGCGUUUAUUCCUAAAGUGUCUAUGUUGUACGGCAGCUGCGACCUACAACUGACGUCUUUCAACCCCCCUCCUUUCUCCUCGCAGGAACAGGAGAGGUUACAUUACCUCUGCCCGGUCCGGGCAUUACGCUUGUACAUGGACAAAACUUCUUCAUUCAGGCGUACCGACCAACUAUUUGUUUGCUUUGCAACUAAUUCUAAGGGACAGGCGCUCUCGACACAGAGGCUGUCCCAUUGGAUUGUUGAUGUGAUUGCAAUGGCCUAUCGGGCCUCGGGGAAAGACCCUCCUGCUCUCAGAGCUCACUCUACUAGAGGUGUCGCCGCGUCUUGGGCCGCAUUUAGAGGAGUGCCUGUCCAGACUGUUUGCGCUGCCGCGGGUUGGGUUUCACCGCACACAUUCGUAAAACACUAUCGCCUUGAUGUUACAGCGUCCACGGUGGCUCACGCUGUCCUUGAGGCGGGGGGAUCAAGACCUGUAUGAACUGCUUUGCACUUUCAGCGUGGUUUUUCACUCCCGUUAUUUUUACUGGUUG